UUGAAAAGGAGAAACAAAGUUUUGAGGCAGCCAAGAAAAAAAGAAGCAGAAAAUUAUCUCCGAGACGAAAACACGUUAACUUUGAAACUCAAAAAAAUUUGCUAGAAUUUAAGAUUAAUACUGAAAUAUCAACUAAGGCUUUGGAUCGUCAUAGAGUUUCGGAAGCGAAAACAGCAUUACGAUAUAAUGAACAGGAUUUGAAUGAUCGAAUGGAAGAAAUUAUGGGCUUGGAAAGAUCUUAG